AGAAGGUGGACAGGAUGGUGGAGAGGGUGGAGGAGAGGAUGGACAGUCUGGAGGGGUGGGUGGCCAUCAGGAGGGAUCUGUUCGAGGAGAGAGAGACGCAGAAGAUCCGCUUCCUCGUGCGGUGGAGUCACGCGGAGUCCAAGUUCGCGGUCAUCUGUCACAACCGGACCUUACAGCAGAGGAGGAGGGGGAGGGGGGGUGAUGAGGGGGACUGGGGGGAGGAGGGGGGUGAGGGGGGGGAGUCGAGCUGGGCCGCGAUGUUCUCCGCCUCCGAGCUGAAGCUCCUCCACCAGCAGCUGAGCGGCUCCGGGGACGCGCUGUGGGGACUCCUGCCCGAGCUGGGCACCUUCACCCCGCCCGGCCUGUGGGACAGCCUGCUGGGGGGGGGCCGGGGGGGCAGGAGGGGCCAAGGGGGCAGGAGGGAGGAGCUGGGGGAGCAGGAGCUGGAGGAGGAGGAGGAGGAGGUGUGUGGGCAGCUCGAGAGGUACCUCAGCACCGCAGUGGAUGUGUGUGGGGUCAAAAUCCUCCUGGAGACUUUAUUCCCCCAGGAGGACGAGGGACAGGAGGACAAGUACUGUGAGAACCUGCAGGAGUUCAGGAGGAGAGCCAUGGAGGAGCAGGUCAGGAGGGCCAGGGACACGGUGGACACGAUCAUACAGAGUCACCGCACCGCAGCAGGACUCGUGCAGCUGAUGAAGAUCUAUGAGGAGGAGGAGGAGGCCUACAGUGAUUUGGUUACCAUAGCAACACAGUAUUAUCAGCACCAACUGCAGCCAUUCAGGGACAUGAGAGAGCUGUCGACUCUACACACCAUGGAGAUACAGAAAGUUCUGCAGCUGCAGGAGCUCGGUCCGAAGCGAGUGUGUGAGCUGGAGAGAGAGGCAGAGGAGUGGAGCAGGGGGGCGAGCGAGGCCGUGUGCUCCAUCCAGGACGUGACUGUGUGUUACUUCACUGAGACGACAACGGCGCUGUCAGGCAUGCUGAAACAGAUGGAGGCGGACCGUAAGAGAUUUGGCCACGCCUCCUGGGCUGUAGCCACACCCAGACUAGAGAAGCUGAAGUUUCUUCUGGCUAAAGAGACGCUGCAGCUCAUGAGGGCGAGAGAGAUGUGUGUGACCCGGCGCAAGGACGACAUCAGGGAGAAGAUGAGCAGUGUGUGUGACGGGGCGAGUGUGUGUGACGUGGACGUGUUGGAGCUGCAGUACUACGAGGCUCAGCUGGAGCUCUACGACUGUAAACUGGAGAUCCUGAAAAACGAGGAGCUGCUGCUGCUUGCACAGAUACACACACUGCGGAGACAGAUCAAAGAACUGAAGGAGGAGGUGGUGUAUUACGAUGCAUGUGAAGACCCCCUGGAGCUUCAGUGUUUACAGACGGAUGGUAGCCCCGCCCACUCAGGUGGUGACUCCACCCACUCUCAUCUACAGCAACAGCUACUGCAGCUGGAGAGGAAGAGAGCGAUGACAUCAUCACGCCGAGCAACGCUGCGCAACCGCAAGGAGCGGUGUGUAGAAGCCCGUGAGCUCCAGCAGAGGGCAGCACAGGACAGAAUCGCAGAACACCAGCAACACCACGCCGUGCACCAGAAGCGGGAGAAGAGGAGGGAGGAGGAGGAGAAGAGGAAGGAGUGGGUACAGAAGGAGAGAGAGAGAACACUCAGCCGACUGCGUUCCUUCAGAGAGAAAGGUCAAGGUCAGUUCAUGAUGAAGAGCCACCGCCCCACUAAGCCCCGCCCUCCUCACCACAACAGCACUGACCCUGACCAGCCCAUGUCAAUCAUCACACUAACCACACCUACCCAAGCAGGUGGCACCACCCCCAAAUCCAGAGGAAAGGGGCGGGACCAGAAGCAGAAGGAUAUCCCGGUGCAUAUAUUUUUACCCCCUGGUGGGGCGGGGCAAGAGAAGACUUUAUCACCUCCCCUUCACCCCCCACCUCCUCCACCUCCCCUUCACCCCCCACCUCCUCCACCUCCCCCGCCCCCUCUGUCAGCCCGUCCUCUUCCACUCAGUGAUAAAGAACCGGCUACAGUUCCUUCUGGAGAUUCUUUGCAAGCAGGAUCGAUGGAUGAGGUUCUGGCGUCGCUGCAGAGGGGGCGUGUUCACCUGCGUAAGGUCACGCCCAAUCCUCCAGGUGCUCCCACAGAGACCGGAAACAUUAGAGACAAUUUGCUAUCUGCGAUCCGUCAGGGCGUGACCUUAAAGAAAACCCCGCCCCCUGUAGGCCCCGCCCGCUCUCCCGACUCUGAGCUGGAGCUGAGCAUCAAGGCGGCCAUGAAGAGGAUGAAGAAGGUCUCUAGCGAGUCUGAUGAUGAAGAACGCUCAGACACACCUCCAGGAGAGUGGGACAACUAGGAGUGUGUGUGUGUGUGUGUGUGUGUGUGUGGACUGUACCAGUCAUAUUUUUGGAUUUAUUGUCUACAUUCUGUAUAAAUACUGGAUUUUUUUUCAACAUUAUAAAAUAACACUUACGACCUAAUAAGUAACAACAACCAAUUAACAACCAGCAGCUCAGAUUAGAGCCGUUAUGAAGCUUCACAGAGCAGAAGGAGCAGAUAAACAUCUCAAUAUCAACUGUUCAGAGGAGAUUAUUGUGUGUUUGGGAUAAUAAACACCUUCAGUAUUGAUUUACAGUGUAGAGAGAAAUAAACAUCAGGAACAACAUGAUCAGGACAGGGGUCCAAACGUUAGACUGGAAGUGUAUAUACACACACACACACACACACACACACUGUGCUAUACUGUGUUAAAAAAUUUAACCAUUUCAAUCUUAUAAAAAAUAUAUGACAUCAUAUAUAGGAUAAUAAAACAUAGCACUUUAUUUUACAUCAAAAGGGAAGAAUGGAGUGAAAUUUGGAGGUUUAUUUUUUUCCUUUUUUUUUGGUUAGUUACAUGAGAAUGAAAUCUCUACUCGACUCUCAAGAUGUUUCAGUAAAACACUGUGAUUUAUUUCAAUCAUUAAACUGGAAAUGAUUAAUGAAUGAUAAAAGUGUGGAAACCCUUUUCCAACAUUAAUGUAUUUAACUUUUAUUUAAUUGUUUAAUUUAAAUACACAACCUUCUUCCAUGUG